AGAUUUGCAAUCCCGUCAAUUAAGCCUUUCAACACCCCACCCCUUAAUCACGUAUCAUCUCUCUCCUUUCCUCCAUUCUAACCAUUCGACUUUUGACGCCACUCAAUCGCCGUUCUUCGAAGCGCCAAUCCUCCAACAAUUCUUCGUCGGUGUUGAAGCGACCACUCUUCCGCGGUGACAUGAGUUCUGCGAGGCGAACGGGACAAGCGGCAGGAGAGUCUUCUGGAGCGAAACGUCUACGAAAAGGGAAAUCAGUAGACGAUGGGGAGUUGAGUGGGAAGAGGACAAGACUAGCUGGAAAGCCUUCAACAGCUGUUGUUGGCGUCCCUGUACAUGCAAGAGACCUCAAUUGAGGAUCAAGAGAACCACUCGUUUUUUCCAGCGCAUCCUGAAGUCUCUGAACGAAAGGUAGAAAACCGUUGUUAGGCAGCUCGGCUUUGGUGGACUACUCGACUAUAAUGUGGCCUCUGUUCCGGGAACAUUAGCGUAUUGGCUAUUAGAGCAUUUUAACCACCUACGGUGCAGUCUUAUGCUUCCUAAUGGUGUUGAGGUAGUUAUUGACACGAAUGACGUCGAGCUUAUUUUUGGUUUCCCAAAUGGUGGGAUUACAAUUGAUCGAUGCAACAGAAACACAUGCAUCAAAUACCUGGAAACCAUUCCACUUGAUGAGGAGGCUGAUAUGAAUGAUAUGCAGACAAAGGUCCUAGAAACGAAGAUGCUACAAGAAACUGGGGGGGGGGUAAUUUUUAAGAAAAUAUUCUUGUUAUUGCUGGAAACUACUCUCAUUGAGACCUCCCCUUGUGGCUAUGUCAGACCCCGAAUUGUUGACAUUCUCGGUGAUUUGCAGAAGGUAAAGAAGCACAAUUGUAGGUACUUGCUAGACAAUCUGUUGAGGACGCGCGAGCUGUGGAAGAAUAACAAAUCCAAGGUUUUCAGCGGGCCAGUAGUUUUCCUAGUGGCCUUCUACGUCGAUCGAGUAGUGCAUCGUAGGAGAUGUGUGGCACGUGUCAUUCCUAGAAUAAAGGGAUGGACGGCCGAACUAUUGAAAGAGAGAGAGGACGGGGAAAUGAAAGAAGCUGAUUUUGGUCUUGGACGAGUGACUUCACAGUUGGAUGAGAAUGAAAUGGGGGGUGCGGAAAUGACAACAGAAGUACAACCACCGGCUACUGAAGAUGUUGUUGAACCGCCUACCACUGAAGAUGGUGAACCGUCGUCCACUUAAGAUGUUGUUGAAGAGAGAUAUUCUUCGGAUGAAGUGGUGUAUAUGGGGAGUGUUUGGGGGGCAACCAAACACAUAGGCGAUGGUUUGAAGAUGCUGGCCAAGGAAUUAAAUCAAGCUCCUCCAGAAACCAGGAAGAAGGACAGCUUUAGAAUAACGUGUGACACUCUCCGGAGGGCGUUUAGGUUGGACGAAAAGGACUUUGACCCUGUGGAGUCAAUGACGCAGUCGCAAACUGCCAAUUAUAGUGUCGCGGAAAACUGGUCAGAGUCCUUGAAAUCUCUGUUGGACGCGGCUGAUGAAAUGGAAAUUCUAGAAAACAAAGACGAUUACCCAAGCUUCAGCCUUGGGUUCGAUUCCAGCCAGGAUGAUGACGCUUGUCAACCUGAAGCAGAACCUCAACCUGAGACAGACAAUACAGCACAUGAUGAAGAGGGUGAUGCGUCGGAGUACGAGCUAAGAGACCCAGCCGACCUUUUUUUCAGUGGGGAUGACGUGGUAUCCCAGGACUGGGAGAGAGGGGACACUGCUGUUUUGGGAGGUUGCGGUCUGGAUUUGAUUGAUGUUAGUGACAUUGGAAAAGAGUUGGCUGUCAUAGAGCCUGUGGCUAGUGCUAUUGCGCGUGAUGUUGUGUCGGAGGACGCCAUAGACGUAGCCGUUUGCUCUGCCGUGGAAGCAGUCCUGGAGCUAGGUGAUGUUGCUUUCGAAACACAAACAGAUACGGUGGGUGCUGAUGCAUGUAUAUUACCUGUACAUCGAGAUGCAGAGAUGACUCGUGAACAGAGCACGUAUGCUGAAAUACAACCUGCUCUAGCAAGGAGACUCAGACUGCCUGCAAGGAGAAGAGAGGGUGCAGCAUCAACGCGUAUCAGCCCAACAUGGACUCGAGAAGAGAGGGAUUGUUACCAAUUCCUUCUUGCGACACUCUACAUGUGGACGGAUCAUGUUAUUUACGCUGACGAUGCUGUGGAAGCCACAUGAGGCUGUUGACUCUGAAGUUAUCGAUGUUUGGGCUUCUUAUCUGAAUGGCAUGGAGGUGCAUAAACCAACACAGAAGCCCAGCAGAUUGUUUGUCACAACGGCUGCGACAAUGAGUGUACUGUUAAUAUAAUGUACUUUUGUUUUUGUCUAAUGACAAUAUGUAACGAUUGCAGACAUACAAUGUGGUUGAACGGAGAGCUAGUAGGUUAAAUUUUGAAGCUGAAUUAACAUUCUGCGAUGAAAUAGAUGGUCAAUUCAAUGGCGAUGGACGUUUUGACAUCACACAUUAUGAUUUGAUUUUUUUCCCUAUAUAUUCAAAGAGGCAUUAGUAUUUAGUGUGCUUUUCAUUGAAGACUGGGGUUGCGGAUGUGCUAGACCAGGUUGUGCCCGAGAACGGUAUUCCAGAUCGGGCCAAAUAUGGGAGGGACUUGGAUCUACUAAUGGAUUGUCUUGGUUUUUAUCUCAAGUCUAAGAGAUUCGACAAACUGUCUGAGAUCAUAAUCAAGGAGCGUAGUAUGCGCUUGCUGGUAUUCCCAUGGAAGACGACUCAAGCCACUAAUGACUCGGGUGUAUUCCUGAUGCGACACAUGAAGACUUACUUGGGAAACCCGGCAAAUUUAAUGACAAUGGGUCUUCAAGGAGUUAGUGUGAGGCUUUUGCAGAUUCUGAGGGGAGAUAUUACAAGGACAUGCUCCUUGCACCGUUCAACGAUUGCAGAGAACGUUUCUCGUCUUACAUUAGUCAUUACAUCAAUGUGACUCCCAACUUCCGUACAGAUUAUGCGAGGCAAGUUAAUGGAAUGUUGAACAUGGCGCCCCACAACGAGCAACCCAAUAAGCAGGCAAUGAAGAAAAGCAAGUUAACUUGAGUAGAUUUGGAAUUCACUAGUUGUUGUUUAAACGAUAAUGGUAGUUGUUUAAAUAUUGGUAUUCACCUUUAGAUGCUAAUGUUAGUUGUGGGAUACUGGUAAUUGCUAUUUUGGCUUGUGGAGGUCUUUUUUGUUUAGUGGAGCAUCAACAUUAAGAAUGUCUUUCAGUUAAUGAAACAUGUUAUUGAUGUCCUCUCUGGUUUA